AUGGCCUUGGGCCGUGUCAACAGCCAAAUACCUCCUCAAUACCUUUGCGAAGUACUUUUUAACAUACUGCUACAACGCAAUCGUUGCAAGAUUAACACUUCGCUUUCAAGGGCAGUUAAGGCUCCGAAUCUGUACCUCCUCCGAGUGGCUUGGCCUCUGAGAGAAGAACGCUACCUAAAACGUCAUGUGCAGCGAGUUCACGGAGAGGAACUCACCUGCAAUUUUUGCUACAAGACAUUUGGAUUGCAAAAUCAGCUUGAUCGGCAUCUUAUGGAGUUUCAUGAUGUGUUGUGGCGAUCGACAUCUGCUGACACUAAAAACCCAUAUGGCCUGAUAUAUAAUAAGAAUUGGUAUUUCUUUCUCUUUAAAGAUGGAGUGAUCAAUUACUGCAACGAGUGUGAGAGGCUCUUCUCUAGUGUCACCUCCCUUCGGCGCCACGAUCGAGUUGUGCAUCAAAAAGUGCGUCCACAUGUGUGCGCCCACUGCAAUAAAGCCUUCGGGCAGUCCUCCUCCCUCAAAAUUCACCUUCAGCGAAUGCAUCCAGGCGAGUAA